UGCUCCCUGGUGUUCCGCUCCACAUACUAAAACAGCAAACUGGACGUGAUGUGGAAUUAUAUACAAAUCCACAUCCAACUUCAGACAGCACCUACUGCUCCGCAAUAUCAGACAGGGAUGGCCCUGCACAAAAUGGCUCCACACAAUUUCUAACAUCAAAAUACAAUCGGUGACCUCGCGGGAUACCACUCCAUUGCUUUUACUUUCUAAACCGUUUUGGGUUGGAUUGUUAACUUUUAUGCUAUAUUAUAUCUGUUUUCAACCACGAAAUGAUGGAGAAACUGAAACCAGAGCUUUGCCAAGACAGCCUGGGGGAUGUGAAGUCUCCCCAUCACGAUUCUCUUAAAGGGACUGAGGCGUGUGAAAAACAGGAAAGCACGACAGCUCCGGACAAGGACCUGCAUGACGAGGGGACCCCGGGAGACCACCAAAACGGGACGCGUAUCGUUAUAAAUGGGGUUACCAAGGAAACGGCGUACAAUACCAGCGAACAUAAAAAGGAAAUGGCAUUGAUAGACUUGGCCAGGAGAGGAGGGAUUCUGGAUAUAAAAGGCAGGGAACAGAAAGGAGAUAUCAUCCAGAAGGUGCAGACCACGGAGCUGUGCAGACCACCGCUACCCCUACCUUUGCCUCCCCGAGACCUUGUGAGGGAAACGCUAAUGGUGCAGCUAAGCCCACCCGCUUUUCCUCUCACAGCCAGAGCGAUGCUUUACAGUAACGUUGCGCAGCCUCUCUCCACUAUUAACAGUGGUUUUAGCCCAGACCCAGACCAGUACACCGUGUUUCCCAACAACAGGAUGAAACGAAGAACAGUCCCGUAUGAAAUGGAAGUGGCUGAUGUUGCAGCUUCCCCGCCUAAGAUAGUUCGGCGAAUCUUUACCAACAGCCGGGAGCGGUGGCGGCAGCAGAAUGUGAACGGUGCUUUCGCUGAGCUCCGCAAACUGAUCCCCACCCACCCUCCCGACAAGAAGCUGAGCAAGAACGAGAUCCUGCGGCUCACCAUGAAGUACAUCAACUUCCUCGCCAAGCUCCUGAGCGACCAGGAGGAUGGGGAGGAGGGCAGCCAGCGAGGGAGACAGGGGCAUGAGAGCGGCCUGGUGAGAGAGGACCUCCUUCAGAUGCUGUCUCCCCACUCCAGCUGCGGUAGCUUGUUAGAUGGAGACGCGAGCCCAGACAGCUUCACAGAGGAACAGGAUUCUAUAGAGUCCCAAUCAUCAACCAGGAAUAUGCACCAGCCCACCCUGCCACUAGAGGGCAGUGGUCAGCGGUGAUGAGUUAGAAAAACUAGGGGGAAAAAAUGCAACAAAGCCCAAUAAAUAAAUACAGUAUCUCUACAUGUUCUAUUGGGGAGCUGUAGGUGACGCAAUACUUUCUUAUCUCGUUCUAUAUUGGAUUGGUCCAGGAAAGCAUUUUGGUCUCUUCAAUCUGUAGAAUACUUUUCUAAUAGGUACUCCAUUGAAGUUUUGAAUUAACAGUAGAUCUUGAACAAUGGACUCACCCAGGGAAAACACUUCAGGCUGGUGUUAUAAGCAGUCUACAAAUAUUUGGCAACUCCAGACUCACAAUUAUGGGAAACUGAGUACAGAGAAAUGAGACAGUUUUUUUUUAUUUUAUUUUAUUUUUUUUAACGGUACCUUUAGUUUUUUAUUUUUCUGUUUCAGAGAAAAGGUACAGUGUAUCAUCAUUUGAGACUAGUUUCACUCCAUAAAGUGGGGCCACUCUUUCUGUAUAUGAAUAAUUGUAGUUUACCCUGGAGUGGAAGAUGAAAGAUAAAAUCUACGCUCUUCUCUCAUUUCAAAGCUCACUCCAUAAGGAUCUCUAUUGACACAUUGGACCCACUCACAAAACUGUAACAUCCCUUUAAAACCUUUUUCUUAAUUACAUCUAAUUAAUUGGGUUUGAGAAAGAUGGUUUCAAGUUUAUUCAUAUGCUUCAAAACAUUCUUUAAUCCCAGAUAAUACUUACAAACUUAAAUCAUUUCCUUAACUAAAGUGUGAAAAGUGGCCGAUUAAAACCUAUUAUUAUGAUAGCUGUUUACUUACAUUCAGCCAAAUACAAGUAGCGUAAUUUCAAAGUAGAUAACAGAAAACUUUUUUUUUGCAAUAAGAACCAAUAAAUAUAAGGCUUUAAAUGACUUAUUUUUUUCAAUAUCAUUACCGUUAUAAUAAUAUAAUGAGCAUGCCACCCCAAAGAAACCCUUGUAGUAACCUUUAGCAACCAUGGCAUUACCAGCAGUAGAAACACAAACGGAUUUUAACACAAAUAUGGUGCAGUGGUCCUGAUAAUGUACAGUAACCCGGAACGUACAUGGUACCGUAGUACUGCAGUGGAUUACUGGCAUUGGGAAUCAUACCAUUGUGCCAAUACAGUGUGCUACGAUAUAUAUUUAAUAUGCAUCAUGUUGCAUAUAUGCAGCCUAUAUAGAGACAGGAGAAUUUUAACAGAGGUAAAAUCCUGGAAGCAGCAGAGAUUCAGCAGGUAUAUUAUAAUCUAGGUUUUCAUAAGGAAAUCGCCUUUACCUUUAUAUUAGGAUAUAUGAAAAGGAUGUAAAUAUGUGUAUUUUCCACACUAUAUGAAACAUAUGGGGGUGUGAGACUGUGGGGUUGCUUUUAGUCUUUUCCUUUUUUAUUUUAUUUGAAAGGUUUUUGAACAUGGAUGUGUGGAUGUAAUAUUCUGAUAUUAAUAAUAACUUCUUUUUUUAAUGUUAGUGUUAAGAGGUACAAGCCGUCUUCUCUUUAGUGUGCUUAUUAAUUGAGCUAUACAUAUUUAAUAAUGAAGGUUGUCGAUUUGUAUUUUUUGGUGGAUUAGUAUGGUACAUCGAACCCACCCUCCCCUUUCUCUCCAGUGUUUGUUUCUGUAUUGCAAUUUUACUUCCAAACUUCCAUUCAGUAAAUGUUGUACUGUAUGUUAUAUAUAUA